UCUCGUCCUGCCUCGCCUGUACGCGCUGUUCGCACUGGUCGCACUAGUCGUCGGGUUCCUCAUCUGCGUCCUCCUCCUGUCCCCGGCACCCACGCUAUGGCACUUCGUCCUUCCUCUGUUCCACUGCGUGUUCCUCUGCCUGCUCCUCCUGAGUCCUCUCUUCCUGCUGUCCAUGACCCUGAGUCUGACCUCGCUCGUGCUGCCAGUCCCACUGUCACUCGUCUCCUCGCCACUGUUGUCACUGACCCUUCUUUUGAGUCCACUGCUGCGUCUGCCCUCGUUGCUGAGCUGCUUGACUUUGCUGCUGCCUGUCGUCUAGACUACGCCACUGCUCUUGUUGCUGAGUCUGAGUCUGCCAGUCCUCCGUCCAUCGAGGGUGAGUGUGCUCUUGGCACGGACGUCCUUGAGGACAGGCAGGAGGACUUUGAGUGUCUUGCAGCUGCUGUACCUCAUCUCGUGGCCAUGCUGCUUGCCCCUGAGGGAGACCCGGAUGCACCAGACAUCCCGACCCCGCGCUCUUACGCAGAGGCGAUUACGGGUCCUUACUCCUCUCAGUGGCAGACAGCCAUGGACGCCAAGAUGGCAUCCUGGAAGUCCACAGGCACCUACGUCGACGCAGUUCCCCCGUCUCGGGUGAACAUAGUCGAUGGCAUGUGGAUUUUCAGGGUGAAGCGGCCGCCGGGUUCUCCACCUGCCUUCAAGGCGCGUUAUGUUGCUCGAGGCUUCAGUCAGCGACAGGGGGUCGACUACUUCUAG